CUAAAGAGCAGGCACGGCCUCGACAUGCAGAACAACGCCGGUGAGUUCGUGGACCUGUACGUGCCUCGGAAAUGCUCCGCAAGCAACUGCAUCAUUGGCGCCAAGGACCACGCGUCCAUCCAGAUGAAUGUGGCCGAGGUUGACAGAUGCACGGGCCAGUUUAAUGGUCAGUUUAAAACCUAUGCCAUCUGCGGGGCCAUUCGCAGGAUGGGCAAGUCAGAUGAUUCUAUUCUCCGACUGGCUAAGGCUGAUGGAAUUGUCUCAAAGAACUUUUGACCAGAAGACAUGGGGGAGUGUUUGUCAUAAAUAAAAGUGAGAAAGUAAAAAAUAAAAAUAAA